AUGAGCGCGAUCCUCUGGCGAGAACACCGCCCCUCUGUGUCGGGCAUUGCUGGGCCCUAUCGGAGCGGCAACAUGGCUGACAGCAAGCCCAAGCCCUCCAAGCCCGCCAACAAGACGCCCCCCAAGUCCCCGGGGGACCCCGCCAAGGACAAGGCAGCCAAGAGGCUGUCGCUCGAGUCGGAAGGGGCCGGCGAGGCGGCGGCCGCGGCGGGCGUGGAGCUCAGCGCCCUGGAGGAGGCCUUCCGGAGGUUCGCGGUGCACGGGGACGCCCGGGCGUCAGGCCGGGAGAUGCACGGCAAGAACUGGUCCAAGCUGUGCCGGGACUGCCAGGUGAUCGACGGCCGGAGCGUGACCGUCACUGACGUGGACAUCGUCUUCAGCAAGAUCAAGGGCAAGUCCUGCAGGACCAUCACGUUCGAGCAGUUCAAGGAGGCGCUGGAGGAGCUCGCCAAGAAGAGAUUCAAAGACAAGAGCGCAGAGGAGGCUGUCAGGGAGGUGCACAAGCUCAUCGAGGGCAAGGCCCCCAUCAUCUCGGGGGUGACGAAAGCCAUCUCCUCACCCACUGUGUCACGGCUCACGGACACCAGCAAGUUCACGGGCUCCCACAAGGAGCGCUUCGAUCCGUCAGGCAGGGGCAAGGGCCGGGCGGGCCGCGUGGACCUCGUGGAUGAGUCGGGCUACGUGCCGGGCUACAAGCACGCGGGCACCUACGACCAGAAGGUGCAGGGGGGCAAGUAGCCGGCGGGCCUCCCGUCGUCCGGGCCCUCGCCACCUCCACUUCAUUACAUUCCUGCACUCACCGGCAGAACUCGGACCUGGGGCUGGGUGGCUGCGGAGCCACCGCCUCCCUCCCGCCCAGCCCUCGCGCCCCCUGGACCCCAGCUUUGGCCCCUGAACUCACCUUUCCUAACACACCUGCUUCGUCCCUGCCAGGAAUUAGACAGCUGGCCCUUUCCAAAGUCUCCCAGAACAAGACCACACCGGCCACUGGCUUGCAGCAAAGGGGUGUCCAAAGGAGCUGGUGGGACAGACCCUGUCGGGUCAGGUCUGUGCUGACGAGGGCGCCGACCUGCAGCCCCGAUGACGUGGGGGAGCACAGUCAGGGCCCCAUGGGGCCCAGAGGGCACCGUGCAGGCAGGGGAGGCGGGCACACGCGCGUAUACACAUGUGCACACACGCCGCACACGUGCACACAUGUACACACAUGCUGCACGUGUGCGCACACGCUGCACACACGCGCACACAUAUACAAGCUGCACGGGUGCACACACGUACACAUGCUGCAUGCGUGCGCACGUACACGCUGCACGUGUGCACACACGUACCCACACGCUGCGCACACAGGCCACACACACACGCACGUGCGCACACAGGCUGCACGUGCGCACACAGGCUGCACACACACACACACACGCUGCACACGUGCACACACACACACGCGUGCCCAUGGACCAAGGCUGUGCUAAGGGUGGGCGCUGAGCUGAGGGCUGCUGUGCAAAGGAAGGAGCCUCCUCCGUCGACCAAACUGACUUGAAGUGUGAAGUUAUAGGAUUCUGAAACUAAGGGCAAUUCAUUUCAUUUCACUUUUCUGAGAAGAAAUAAGAAAUGGUUAAUAGAGUUUGCUCUCAGAACAGCUCAGGGAAGACUCAGAAUAGCCCGUCUCUGGGCCUCUCUUUCACAACCCCUGUGCCUCGAGUCCUGGGCCAGGAAGACUCCUGGGCUCAAGGCUGCGGGUGGCCCGGCUGCCCCCUCCGUCCCCCUCCAGCCGGCCCCCUCGUCCACUGCUGCCCAGGAGAGCAGAAAUCGCAGGGCGAGCCCAGCCUGAGGAGGGCCUGGGCGGGCAGCAUCUGUGUUCAGGGUCUCCGAGAGGCCAGAGGCGGGGCCUCCGGUCGCACUGCCUCCUUGGCAACGUGCCCUUUGGCGUGAGCACGGCCGCGGCCUGGCACGUGACCCGCUAGGCCCCAGGGCCCUGGGGUCAGUCUUGGGAAAGCCCAUGGCGGCCCCUGGGGAGUGCCUCCUGGAGCCCACUGCUCUGCCACUGUCCGUCCUGGGUCCAGGGCAGUGGGCUGCCUGGGGCACCCCUCCCUGGACACACGGCCGGCCCACAGCAAGCACACGUGGCUGCGAGAAGGCCAGCACUGCCACACACGCUGGUCCCUGCUGGACCUGGAGGCCCUGCCCACUGCAGAGGGGCUCAGGUCAGCACUGGACACGCCGGAUCGGCAGUGGCUUCCGCGGGCAGCUUCGUCCUAAGCCCCUGAGACCCCGCUGCAGAAACACCUGGGAAGUGAGGGAUGGAACUCAGGCGUCCGGAAGCACUUGGAGGACAUGAUCACUGCCAUCUGGGAAGUCUCCAACUCGGGGAAGCAAGGCCACCCGGCCAGGCUCUCACUCCACUGCCAGGAAGCCGAAGGCUGGGGGGCAGGCGGGCAGGACACCGGCCCCUGCCCUGGGCUGUUCUCCCAGAGGCAGCUGUCAGGUAGGGAAACACGUGUCCCAUAGCCCCCAGGCCUGGCCUCAGGGCAGCACCCCCGCUGCGGGAGACCGGCUCCCCACGGCCACGGUGGCCCCGCCCCAGGCCAGGGAAGGUCAGUGCACCGUGGCCACCCAGGCCCAGCCCCAGCCCCACGCUCUUGGGCUCCUGAGGCGUCUAGAGGCAUCCGGGUGGGUCUCGAGUGUCCCUGGCCUGGCUGAGGUUUCCUUCCCUAAGUGCAGCUCUGGAAAUGCACCUCCAGCUCAGGGCAGGGCGAGCGGAGGUCCCGGGCCUGCCAGCCCUGUAACUCAGCAUGGACACGGAUCGCACACUCAGCACAGACGCUGCAGACAGGCAGGUGUGCGUCUUGCUGCAUGUUCUCUGCAACACCCACUCGCUUUUACUAACCGCGGUCAACUAGAAAUUACAUGUCUGUCUGUGCCAAGGAAACUACAACAAGCCGCUGGGACGCGGGGACGUGGUCGGGGCACUCCUUGUGGAGGCGCCCAGCCAGGACCACAGCGCGCACCUGAGCACCGCCGCCCCCGUAUUUAUUUCUAUUUAACGCUGUAGGAGAAGCAACCAGGCAACAGUCAGGUCGCCAAAACUGAAGCUGAAACCACGUAUGUUUAAAAUAUUACAGGAAGAGGUCUAUAUUUGUACUGGAGUAUUUUUACACCUUGAGUAUCCUCAGUCUUAAGGUUCGAGCAGGUGGAAACCGGUCGGGAAGAGGCAGGUGGGGGCUUGGGCCGUCCACACUCCAGGGGCCGCCAGCUCAGGGCAGGCCGAGGCGGCCCCUCGUGGCCUGGGGGUGGAGGCUUUGUGGGAAGCCCAGCACCCUGCGGUCAGGAGGCCUCUGCGGCCAUGUGGGAGGAGGGAGGUGAGGCAGGCCCCACGGCCCACGAGGCCCGCGGUCACCGGGAAGGCCGCCGGUGUGGACCCCCCCCCCCCAGGACCCAGUGGGCGCUGGUGCCACUGUCAGCUGUCCCCACGGCACAGGCUGACGACAGCCAUACUGUGAAGUGGCGAGACCGUCCUCAGAGCUCUGCCCCCUGGCAGCCUCCCUCCACAGACUGACUACUGAACGUUCUGGGGCCCCUCGCCUCAGCGGUGUGGCCUCGCCCGGGGAGGGAGGGGCUGCCCCGCACUCGGGGGUGCUUUUGGCUAACGCUCUUGUCCCCAGACCAAGCCAGGCAACGAGGAAACGCACAUGACUCAGACUUGAAAGGGGUCAUAGGCUACUGGUUUGUACCAAGUCUUUUCAGGAAAGGGAAAUAAAUGUACAUAGAGAUGCGGUCUAUUUUUGCACUGUUUUCUUACUGUGAGGGAGUGAUGAGAGCGCCACCUGGUCAGUGUGCUGGGGCAAGCAGCGGGUAGCGGCAUGGAACCCGGACUCAGAGCUGCGCUCCAGGGGUCUCUGGGGGGCUCGGAGCCACU